AAGAGAAAGGAGGCCGGCAGACGAAUUCUAGCUUUUUGUGUGAGCCCAAGAGGCACAAAAACAUGUCUCAUAUUGCUGUGGAGAGGAACAGGAGAAGGCAAAUGAAUGAACAUCUCAAGGUGCUGCGAUCGUUGACGCCAAGCUUUUACAUCAAAAGGGGAGACCAAGCAUCUAUUAUUGGAGGAGCCAUAGAAUUCAUCAAAGAGUUGCACCAAGUUCUACAGUCAUUGGAGGCCAAGAAAAGGAGGAAGAGCUUAAGCCCUAGUCCAACUCCUAGCCCAAGGCCAUUACUGCAAGUAACUCCAUCACCAACCUCGAACAAUACUUAUGACUCGGACAUCGUAAAGGAACUUGGGGCAUGUUGUAACUCACCAGUUGCAGAUGUAGAGGCAAAAAUAUCAGGUUCAAAUGUCCUCUUGCGAACCCUUUCCAAGCGCAUCCCUGGCCAAGUUAUCAAGAUAAUAACUGUGCUAGAGAAAUUGGCCUUUGAAAUCCUUCAUCUCAACAUAAGCAGCAUGGAAGACACUGUACUCUACUCCUUUGUCAUAAAGAUUGGAUUUGACUGCCAACUUAGUGUGGAGGAAUUAGCUCUUGAAGUCCAACAAAGCUUCUAUCAGGAUAUUACAUACUGAAAAAAAAAUGUAUGUGUUUUAGUUGCAAAGUGAUGGUCUAUAUGUAUGAUAACUACAGAAUUGCUUAAUAUUAUGAAAUCAAGUCAAAAGUUGUAAUCGAUCUUAUCACAUAGACCUAUUGUGAUAGUUGUAAGAAGUUUAUAGUGAUGUUUUAUUUUCUGAGUGAUGAUAAUUAA